AUGGCUAUUACUUCAUCAUCAUCGUCUUCUUCUACUUGCCCCAACAUAUCUAAGUACGAUGUUUUCAUCAGUUUUAGAGGUGAGGAUACUCGAAAGAAUUUUACUAGUCAUCUUUAUGGCGUGUACCGGAAUCAAAUUGAGACCUACAUCGAUGAGAAAAUUUUAGAAAGAGGAGAGGAAAUUUCACCUGCGCUCUUGACGGCAAUUGAAGAAUCAUGUAUUUCAAUUAUCGUCUUCUCAUCGAAUUAUGCUUGUUCAACAUGGUGUUUAGACGAACUUGUUCACAUGCUCAAAUGUAAGAAAGAAAAAGGACAGGUUGUUUUACCUGUCUUUUACGGAGUCAAUCCAUCGGACAUCCGAAAACAAAAGAAAAGUUAUGGUGCUGCUUUGGUUGCACAUGAAAAACGUUUCGAGCACAACAUGAGCAAGGUGGAGGAGUGGAGGGAUGCUUUGACCGAGGCAACCAACUUGUCUGGUUUUGAUUCACGAGAUGAGUAUGAGUCAAAGCUAAUUGAGAAGAUUGUGGAAGAUGUAUUGAGGAUAUUAGAACGUCGGCCACCAAAAACGGCCGUCUUUUCUAAGGGUCUUGUUGGGAUAGAAAAACGCCUUGAGAAAAUCGAAUCAUUGAUGUGCUUUGAAUCACAAAAUAUGUGUAUCAUAGGCUUUUGGGGGAUGGGUGGUAUAGGCAAGACAACUCUUGCGUGUGCUGCUUUCAAUCAAUUCUCUACUCGAUUUGAAGGUUGUUGCUUCCUCGGAAAUGUUAGGGAAGAGUCCAAGAAACACGGAUUGCCUUAUUUAAGAGCCAUACUUUUUUCUGAAUUGUUUGACAGAGGAAAAUCAAAAGUCAAUUACUUUCUGGAAAAUAAGCUUUGUAAGAAAAAGGUACUCAUUGUUCUUGAUGAUGUUGAUAAUAUAGCGCAGCUAGAGGGUUUGGUUGGAGAUGGUAAUUGGUUUGGCCGUGGAAAAAUCAUUGUAACGACGAGAGAUGCACAAUUGCUCAAAAGGGAUGCCGAUAAAAUAUACCAAGUUGAAGCAUUAGAUUCCGCGGAAGCACUUGAAGUUUUUUAUUUGAACGCCUUUAAAAGAAAGCGGCCUUCUGGGACACAUUUUAUUGAGUUGUUGAAAGAAAUAGUAAACUUUACUAAAGGGAAUCCCUUAGCUCUUAAAGUUUUAGGCUCGUCCCUUCACUCCGGAGCCGUAGAAGAUUGGGAAAGUGCAUUGGCCAAACUUAAAAUAGUUCCCCAUGCAGACAUUCAAAGGGUUUUGAAAAUAAGUUAUGAUGGGUUAGAUGACAUGGAGAAGGAUAUUCUCCUUGAUAUUGCGUGUUUCCUAAAGGGGGAGAAAAGAGAUUUUGUGGAAAGCAUCUUAGAUGGCUCUGAUUUGUUUCCAAGAGCGGGGAUCAAAGUUCUCGUAGAUAAAUGUCUUGUAACCAUUAUUAGACAGAAUGAAACAGUUUGGAUGCAUGAUUUGAUACAAGAGAUGUGUUGGGAAAUUGUUCGUCAACAAUCUAUUAAAGAGCCUGGAAAUCGCAGUCGCUUGUGGAUUCCUCAAGAUGUUCACCAUGUCUUAGAAAAUCACAAAAUAAAUGAAGAUCUAUACUUGAGGCCUACAGUUUUCGAGGAGAUGUGUAAUCUAAGAUUGCUUAAGAUCUAUAAUUCAAAUUAUUACAAUCAUAACAAGUUCGAAGUGUACCUAAAUAGGGGAUUACAAUUCUUUCCUCAAUCUCUAAGGUACCUCUGCUGGCAUAAAUACCCAUCAAAGUCUUUGCCUUUGGAGUUUAAGCCGCAGAAUCUCGUUCACCUUCACAUGCCCAACAGUGAGCUUAAGCAACUUUGGAAUGGUGUUAAGAAUCUUGUAAACUUAAAACAUAUCAACCUUUCCAUGUCGAAGCAAUUAGUCAAAGUCCCAGACCUAUCUCGGGCUCUGAAACUGGAGAGUAUUAAUGUCGAGAACUGUACAAGUCUGGUUGAAGUUCCGCCGCUUGAUUCCCAAAGACGUCUUGGAUCUCUUGCACUUUACGGUUGCACCGCCAUUAAGUCUCUUCCAAGGAUGUCUGGGAAUAGUAUAAAAUACUUGGACGUAACAAGGACUGCAAUAACUGAAUUGCCCUCAUCAAUUGGGUCCUUUGAGAAUCUUGUGGAGUUGAUUCUCUAUGAUUGUCAACGUAUCAAGAAUCUUCCGGUGCUUCCGAGGAACAUACAAAAUUGCUCAAGAUUGAGAAACUUGACAGGGACUACUUCUAGUACUCCUCCUCCUCCUUAUAAUGUAAAGGGACCAGGCCGAGAUUUCUCCGGCUCCUUUGUAAUUGAUAAGUUGUUUGGAUUUCAUCGUGCAGAUGUGGGAUGGCGCAAAAAACUCCAGUUUGUUCCAAAUUGGGUUUAUAAUUUAAGCAGCCUUCUAUUCUUGUCCCGCCACCGCCAUAUUGGCUCGUGUUUCAAACUCGAACAUCUCCGGAUCAAGCUAUUUUCUUUGUUCUCUUUAAGACAACUUUUCCUAUAUGGCUGCAACAUUGUUGAAAUUCCCGAGUGGUUGGGCUUCUUAUCCUCGUUGGUUCUGUUAAAUUUAGGAGGGAACCAUUUUGAGAAAUUACCUUCAAGCAUCAAACUACUCCUUCGGUUGGAAAGACUGGAGAUAACAAAUUGCAAGAAACUUCAGUCUUUGCCACAACUUCCAUUGUCUAUAAAAGUGCUCAAUGCAAGGGGAUGCACUUCGCUGGAGAAGAUAUCAAGUUCACGUUAUUUUGUAUGCCUUGGUUUUGAGUUGCAUCUUAAAACCAAGUCUGGUGAAAUCUACAAACACCCUCACUACAAAUCUAACCGGAUGAUCCGCCGCGAUGAUUGGGUUGUUGACGAGGAAGACGAAGCUCAAAUCACAAGCAGUGGUAUUACCUUGGAUCAUGUCUUCGUCACGUGCUCUAGAGACUACAUCCCUCGGAAAUAUGGUGACGAAAUUGAGGAGGCAUCAUUCCAUUUGAAAUAUAGAGUUAGGCGGACAGGGCGUUUUGAGGAAGAUCAGAGUUCGAAUUCGAUGGUGAAAAGGAUUGGAGUUGGGUUGGUGUAUGGGAAAGACUCGGACUAG